CCAAGGUGCUGCGGGAGUCUCUUCACCAUGGCCGGAAGCAAGGAGCUAUUGGUGCUGGAAAACUUCAUAGACGGAAAAUUUUCCGCUUGCAGCUCAUAUAUAGAUUCUUAUGAUCCAUCGACAGGGACUGUGUACUGCAGAGUACCAGAUAGUGGAAAAGAAGAGGUCCAAGCUGCCGUAGCAGCAGCCCAAGCGGCCUUUCCUGCCUGGUCAUCCAGGAGCCCGCAGGAGCGUUCACAGGUGCUGUACAGGCUGGCCGACUUGCUGGAACAAUCGCUGGAGGAGUUUGCCCAGGCAGAAUCCAAAGACCAAGGGAAAACCAUCACCAUGGCAAGAACCAUAGACAUUCCGCGAUCCGUACAGAACUUCCGGUUCUUUGCCUCCUCUAUCCUGCACCACACAUCGGAGUGCACGCAGAUGGACCACCUGGGCUGUAUGCACUACACAGUGAGGGAGCCGGUGGGAAUCGCGGGUCUGAUCAGUCCUUGGAACCUGCCGCUCUACUUGCUGACCUGGAAGAUUGCUCCAGCAAUUGCUGCAGGCAAUACUGUCAUCGCCAAGCCCAGUGAGAUGACUUCAGUGACCGCAUGGAUGAUGUGCAAGCUCCUCGAUAAAGCAGGCGUUCCUCCAGGAGUGAUAAAUAUUGUGUUUGGAACGGGGCCUAAAGUAGGUGAGGCCCUGGUAUCCCACCCAGAGGUGCCCCUCAUCUCCUUCACUGGGAGCCAGCCCACAGCCGAGCGGAUUACACUGCUGAGUGCUCCUCACUGCAAGAAGCUCUCCUUGGAGCUGGGGGGCAAGAAUCCUGCCAUCAUCUUUGAGGAUGCCAACCUGGAGGAGUGUGUUCCGACCACUGUCCGGUCCAGCUUUGCCAAUCAGGGUGAAAUUUGCCUCUGUACCAGCAGAAUCUUUGUUCAGAAAAGCAUCUAUAGUGAAUUUUUAAAGAAAUUUCUGGAAGCUACCAGAAAAUGGAAAGUUGGUAUUCCUUCGGAUCCAUCUGCCAAUAUGGGAGCUCUGAUAAGUAAAGCUCAUUUGGAGAAAGUCAGAGGCUACAUCAAGAGAGCUCGUGCUGAAGGGGCCCAAAUUCUGUGUGGGGAGGGAGUGGACAAGCUGGACCUGCCACCCAUGAAUCAGGCAGGCUACUUUAUGCUUCCCACGGUGAUAACAGACAUUAAGGAUGAAUCCUGCUGCAUGAAGGAAGAGAUAUUUGGCCCAGUGACAUGUGUUGUCCCUUUUGAUAGUGAAGAGGAAGUGAUUAAAAGGGCCAACAAUGUUAAAUAUGGAUUGUCAGCUACAGUGUGGUCGGGCAACGUGGGGCGAGUCCACCGCGUGGCUAAGAAGUUGCAGUCAGGUUUAGUCUGGACCAACUGCUGGCUCAUCAGGGAGCUGAACCUUCCUUUUGGGGGGAUGAAGAGUUCUGGGGUAGGUAGAGAAGGAGCCAAGGAUUCUUAUGAAUUCUUCACUGAAGUCAAGACCAUCACAGUUAAACACUGACCUUGGCCGGCAGUUAGGGUUAAUGUCUGGCUGUAGGGAGUCAUUCAUUGAGAGUGGUGAAGUCUGAUAUUAAUCCCAGCCUUGUCAAGAAUCAGGAGAAAGUUAUCUGUCACUUAUCUUAGUAGUUUUCAUUUUGUUGUUCACCGGUGGAGAGAUGCUAGUUUCAAUGUGGAACCAGAGAAGAGAGAAUUCUAAAUAGGAAUAUAGACACCAAACAACGGUCAGACUCCCCCAAUGUUAUAUCUUCAAAGUAUCUUUCAAUUUAUGAUCUUGAUUGAACUCUUGGGAAUUCAGGAAAAAUUGGAUUUUCUUCAUUUAAAAGUAUGUCGAACAUAAGAAAAUUUGAAGUCAGAGAGAAACAAAUCACAUUUUCACGUAUGGGGAGACUACUAAGAUGAUCUUCCAUAUAUACCAGUCAGGAGUUUGACCAAUCAAUCAGUGAUCAACAAUUCCUGAUUACCCAGGAGACAGUGAAUAUCUGGGAUUUGUCAAAGAAGGCAUUUAUGGUGGGCCCCACUAAAUGUAAUAGUACAAAAAUGAGAAUAAAAUAACACUAUUUGGGGAGAAAAUAAAACAAAAAAAGAAAGUCAUUUGAUCUAUUCCUAGACAAAGUAUGUCAAUUCCAAUUCUUAUUGUAUGUAUCACAUGGA